UUUGCCAUUUAAUUUCAUUUUUUUCUUUAUCUCCUUUAACUUAAUUGUUCUUUUGAUUCUCAGAGAAGGAAAAAUAUUAAUUCAGCCCAAGGUUGUCAUCAUCACAGCCUUUACAAAAGUCUCUUCUUUUGUAGGUUUAAGCUUGGCUUUUUGUGUAGAGCUUCUGGCUUUGAUCUUAUAUUCAUACAUAGUUUGCUGUUGCGUACAUGUGCGUUUUAAUGUUUUUGAACCUCCACUUAUAUAUUCCAUUCUUCUUCUUUAACCCUUCAAAAAUGGACCACAGUAAACUUUUCUAGAUUUUGUUUCAGAAUCCAUUAAGGUUGUUUUUGUUUUCUUUUGUUAACCUUAUUGUGCUGGUUCCUUAAUUAUAUGGAUUCAUUUCUGUUUCAUGGAGGAGAAUAAAAGUUGCCGCUUUCAAACCCAGGUCAACAGUUUGGGAUGCAAGAGACUAGGGAACAAGACAUGGGAGGCAGAAAAUGAAUAGCAAAAUUUAGUCCUCAGUGAGAUCAAAAACAGUUUAAAUCGUCAUUUUUUUAAACUGAUUUUGGUAAAUAAUAAUAUAUUGUUGGAUUGAAAUAAACGAUUUUGAUCUGGGUUCCUGCUAGGAGGAGGAAAAGAAAGAUAGUAUUUAUUUAUUGAUUUGAAAUAGCUAAGAAAAAAAGCCUUUUUAGUAGUUAGUACAAUGGAGGCACCAAAAGUUAGGAAAAAGAUGACUAAACAGUUAACAGGAAAACGUGACGAUACAAACUUGCAUUCGGCGGCAAGAGCAGGAAAUCUAGCUGCAAUUACAGAAAUUAUAACUAAUACUAGGGAAGCUGAAUUGAAGGAAUUGUUGGCAAAAGAAAACAGCUCUGGUGAAACAGCUCUUUAUGUUGCUGCGGAUUAUGGUUAUGUUGAUGUGGUUCGCGAGUUGAUCAAGUAUUACGAUCUUGCUGAUGCUGGAACCAGAGCUAGAAAUGGAUUUGAUGCAUUCCACAUUGCUGCCAAACAAGGAGAUUUGGAGAUAUUGAAAGUCCUACUGGAGGCUCAUCCUGAAUUGGCCAUGACUGUUGAUUUAUCAAACACAACAGCUUUGCACACUGCCGCAAUGCAAGGGCAUACAGAGGUUGUCAACUUUUUGUUGGAUGCGGGAAGUAGCCUUGCAACAAUAGCGAGAAGUAAUGGGAAAACAGCCCUGCAUUCAGCAGCAAGGAAUGGACAUUUGGAGGUUUUGAAGGCUCUUUCAGCGGCGGAUCCUGGGAUUGCAACACGGACUGAUAAAAAGGGGCAAACUGCACUUCACAUGGCAGUGAAAGGACAGAAUAUUGAGGUGGUGGAGGAGUUGAUUAAGGCAGAGCCUUCAUCUGUAAACAUGGUUGAUACUAAAGGCAACUCACCAUUGCAUAUAGCAACCCGAAAGGGUAGAGCUGAGAUUGUGAAGCUGAUACUGACAAAAACCGAAACUGAUACAAAAUUAAUUAACAGGAGCAAUGAAACUGCCCUAGACACUGCUGAGAAAACUGCCCAAAAAGACAUCGCAGACAUCUUGAGGGAUCAUGGAGUUGAAAGUGCCAGAAACAUGAAAACUCAGCCGAAAAAUCCAGCUCGCGAGUUGAAACAAACUGUGAGCGACAUAAAGCAUGAAGUCCACUACCAACUAGAACACACCCGCCAAACGAGAAAACGUGUGCAAGGCAUUGCCAAACAUGUCAGAAAAAUGCAUAUUGAAGGUCUAAAUAAUGCAAUAAACUCCACGACAGUUGUUGCGGUCCUUAUAGCCACAGUUGCAUUUGCAGCCAUUUUCCAAAUCCCAGGACAGUAUGUUGAUGACAAUGAUAAACUGUCUCCUGGGGUCUCACUUGGGGAAGCAAAUGUUGCACCAAAACCAGCGUUUGUAAUCUUCUUCAUUUUUGAUUCCAUUGCUCUCUUCAUUUCAUUGGCAGUUGUGGUGGUGCAAACCUCAGUUGUAGUAAUAGAGAGCAAAGCAAAGAAGAAGUUGAUGGCAAUUAUUAACAAGGUGAUGUGGUUGGCUUGUGUGCUUGUUUCAGUGGCGUACUUAGCAAUGUCAUUUAUCGUGGUGGGGGACCAAAAUAAAUGGCUGGCAAUCGGAGUGACAAUAGUAGGAGCUGUUAUAAUGGCUGCUACAUUGGGUACUAUGUGUUAUUGGGUAAUUAGGCAUAGGAUUGAAGACUCAAACAUGAGGAGUAUUCGGAGAUCUUCCUUGAACAGCAGGUCAAGGUCCAUGUCAAUGUCAGUCAUCUCAGAUACUGAGAUUCUAAAUAAUGAGUAUAAGAAAAUGUAUGCAAUUUAACAUUUUCCUACGCCUCAUCCUUUUUUAACAUACAGCGUAAAGUUUAACUGCUAAAUGUAUAUUUUUUUA